GAGGGGCGGGGGUUGAGAGUGGAGUGAAGAUGGCGGAUGCCAUGAGUUUGGAAAUAGCAGCGGAGCAUGAGAGAAUCCUCAGGGAGAUAGAAAGCACUGAUACAGCUUGUAUAGGACCUACUUUGAGAUCUGUUUAUGAUGGAGAAGAGCAUGGCCGAUUCAUGGAGAAACUGGAUGCCCGGAUUAGAAAUCAUGACAGAGAGAUUGAGAAGAUGUGCAACUUUCACUAUCAAGGCUUUGUUGACUCAAUUACUGAACUGUUGAAAGUCAGAGGAGAAGCCCAGAAAUUAAAGGGUCAGGUGAAAGAUACAAACAAGAAGCUACAGGAGGAAGGAACAGAGAUGUUAAAAACUAUGGAUGAACUGAAGCAGUGUAGACUACAGCAGAGGAAUAUUGCUACUACAAUUGAUAAGUUAAUGCUCUGCCUUCCAGCGCUUGAAAUGUACAACAAACUAAAAGAACAGAUGAAAUCUAAAAGGCACUACCCUGCUUUGAAAACACUAGAAUAUCUGGAGCAUACCUAUCUUCCACGAGUAAGCCACUACCGUUUCUGUAACAUAAUGGUGGAGAACAUACCAAAGCUGAGAGAGGAAAUAAAGGAUGUGUCGAUGUCUGACUUAAAGGACUUCCUUGAGAGCAUUCGCAAGCACUCCAGCAAAAUUGGUGAGACUGCCAUGAAGCAGGCUCAACACCAGCGGAAUUUAGACAAUAUUGUAGCUCAGCCUGUGAGAACUGGAAGUGGCAAGAAAUCUAAGAAAGAUGCUUUUAAAGUCUUUAACAUGGAGGACAUGAGCAGUAGCCCAGUGUCAGAAAAUGAUUCUGGAAUCAUUGAUGUUGAAGAUGAAGGGGAUGAAGAGCUAGAGGUGCUGGGAGCUCAAGAUUUGGUCGAUUUUUCUCCUGUUUACCGGUGUCUACAUAUAUACACAGUACUGGGAGCCAGAGAUGCAUUUGAGAACUACUACAGGAAACAGAGAAGAAAGCAGGCCCGACUGGUACUCCAGCCUCCUUCAAAUAUGCAUGAAACAUUAGAGGAUUACAGGAAAUAUUUUAAUCAAAUUGUAGGGUUUUUUGUAGUUGAAGACCAUAUCUUACAUACAACACGGGGGUUAGUAAACAGAGCAUAUAUAGAUGAAUUAUGGGAGCUGGCUUUGUCAAAGACUAUUGCAGCCCUUCGAACUCAUUCGUCCUACUGCACUGAUCCAGAACUGGCGCUGGAUUUGAAAAAUCUUAUAGUACUUUUUGCGGACACUCUUCAGGGUUAUGGUUUUCCAGUGAACCAACUCUUUGACAUGCUGCUAGAAAUUAGAGACCAGUAUAGUGAAAUUUUACUGAAGAAGUGGUCUGGAACAUUCAGGCAAAUAUUGGAGUCUGAUAACUAUAGUCCUAUGUCAGUUUUUGAUGAAGAGACUUACAGAUACAUAACAGGGCAGUUUCCCUUCCUCGAAGCAGAGUUGGAAAAGCAGACGUUUCCAAGAAAAUUUCCAUUUUCCGAAUUUGUACCUAAAGUUUACAGUCAAAUUAAAGAAUUUAUUUAUGCUUCUCUGAAGUUCUCAGAGGAUCUUCACCUCAGCUCCACUGAAGUUGAUGACAUGGUUCGAAAAUCUACUAACUUGCUGCUGACUCGAACGCUUAGUAACUGUUUACAAAAUGUCAUUAAAAAAAAGAAUGUUGGUUUGACAAAGCUUGUACAGAUAAUCAUCAACACAACACACCUUGAACAGUCUUGUAAGUUCCUGGAAGAAUUUAUAACUAACAUAACUAACGUACUUCCUGAGACGGUCCACACUGCUCGAUUGUAUGGCAUUAGUACAUUCAAGGAUGUCCGCCAUGCUGCAGAGGAAGAAAUAUAUACAACACUAAAUCAGAAGAUAGACCAAUUUUUGCAGUUAGAAGAUUAUGACUGGAUGGCCACAGAGUCAAGUGAGAAAGUCAGCGAUUACCUUCUUGAUCUCAUUGCUUUUCUAAGCAACACAUUUGCUGUCUUUACCCAUCUACCUGGUAAAGUGGCACAGACUGCAUGCAUGUCAGCAUGUAAGCAUUUGUCUACCUCUUUGCAGCACUUACUGCUAGAUACAGAAAUCAGACAGAUUACCAUGGGAGCCCUGCAGCAAUUUAACCUGGAUGUGAAGGAGUGUGAACAGUUUGCCAGAUCCGGGCCAGUGCCUGGGUUCCAAGGGGACACGCUGCAGUUGGCCUUCAUCGACUUGAGACAACUUUUAGAUCUGUUCAUCCAGUGGGACUGGUCAACUUACCUGGCUGAUUAUGGGCGACCCACCUGCAAGUAUCUACGUGUAAGUCCAACAACAGCACUCACUCUGCUAGAAAAGAUCUCAAGAGCAAUGAAAGAUACUAGCCGAAAAAAUAAUAUGUUUGCCCAUUUCCGAAAGAAUGAACGUGAUAAACAGAAGCUAAUAGAUACAGUGGCCAAGCAGCUGCGAAGUCUCAUCAACAGUCAUCACUCAUGAAAGUGGAGAUACAUCAGGAAACAUUUGAAGACUCAGAUUGUGCCAACAUAGUGCUAACUGAACAAGAUGAAAGUAUUACCUGCUGAAAAAAUAGAAAUAAAGCUGUAUUCCUUGUUCAGUGUUUAAUGCGUAAUACAGUUACUGUGGUGUAUCCCACAGUACCAAAAACUGUUUUAAUGUGGCAAAAACUUGUAUUGUUCAUCUAGAUUUUGAGAGCAGCCAUAGUAGUUACACACAUUAUAUAUGGUAUUUAUGUUCCUUGGAAAAGCAAAAUAAUAGUUGUAAUAAUAAUAAUACUUAUGAUUUCUGCUUCUUGGCUUUCGUCUAACAUUCAGAAACCAGUUUUUAAGAAUUAUGAAUUAACAUUUAGAAUGUGCACUACACUCUCAUCUGUUUGUUUUGAUUCUUUACCUGUUUCACAAUGCCCACUUCGCCAUCAGCUCUGUAACAUUUCUAAAAGAGCUCAACCAACAGUGAUAUAACUUAACACUAAUUUGAAUACACAAAUUGAGUAAUUCAGAUGAUUCCAUGUUGCCAUUCCCUGCAAUGAUUCAUGUUGUUGUAAAGUUAAUGUUACAUAUUUUAAAAUGUUAAAUGCUUGUCCAUAUUUAUAGGAAUCCCAUAUUCCAGAAACAUGAAUAUAAACUUAAAUUCUUCACAUUUAUUCUGCUAUAGCUUAAAUGCAGAAAUCUUGUGUGUCAUUUGUCGUACUUUCAGAAGUCCCCUACCUAAGAUGAAAUACGAUUUUUGACAUGAGGAGUUUUCAUAGUAGUUUUGCUGUAUAGAAGCAAUAAAGAUUCUGAAUACAUAAUGGUCUGGCAUAGUGUGUGUGUGUGUGUGUGUGUGUGUGUGUGUGUGUGUGUGUGUGUGUGUGUGUGUGUGUGUGUGUGUGUGUGUUCCACAGAGUAUAUUUUAUUCGUUUUUCUUUCUGAGUUAAAAUUAUUUUUGGUUCUCUCAAAUUAAACAGGUCCUAGGAAUUAAAUUGCUGUUUAAUUUAGUAAAACUUUCAGUAAAAUGUUUUUCUUAAAAUAAUGUAUGUUAUGACAGAGAAUGCAUGCUAAGCAAAAAAAAAAUCCUUUAUUCAGGUUGCACAUGGAAUGGUUAUGGGUUGUCGGUCAUUUAGUGAUCACUUGCUGCAGUUUUUUCUAACACAGAUAUAAAACUCUCCAUGUAACUGCCGUUUGACAGAUUUUUUUUAUUUUUUAUUUAGUAGGAACCUUAGGAACCACUGACAAAAAAAAUCUUGUUGUGGCAGUUUUUGUUAAAAAAUAAGUCUUUUACUUUUGGCUUGUCUCCAGAAGAACACUACACAUUAUAACUCCUCUCAAAAUUUAAGGAGACAUUUAGAAAAAAAUUGACAUGCCUAAAUAUGCCUUAGUUUACACUAUAUGCAUUUUCUGCCAGGAUAAGCUAACCAGUAGUCAUGUUCUGUUCUUUUAUUCACUGUACUUUUGUCUUUCUGUGCUCUUAAGUGGCAUACAUUGUAUUACCCUUUAAUGUGGAAGUUGCUAUAGAUGUCUCCAUGGUGCUGUAUUGGUAUGCUGCAACCUUUUCCUUAUUUCAUAGCUAAAAGGAUUAGAGUCAUUCAGUAUAACCUAUGAUAGGGUUUGCUGGUGUAUAGGUUUGCUGCAGGGCAAAGUGGGAGGUUGUACUUAGGAGGGGCAAAAAUGGAAUCUCCACCUUUUGUCUCUACACCUUCUGACUGAUUCAGUGGCCCAGCCUGUGUUGAAACUGAACCCAGUGAAUCAACCAUUAGCUUGAUAUGCCUGAAGCCAAAUAUGAGGUGUGUAGAAAGUAGGUAGAUUUAACUCUUUCACUGCAGUUAAUGUUUAUUUAAAUUGUUUAGUGCUAUAACAGGAAGACUGAAAACUUCAAGCAUCAGCAUAAAAUAAUAGCAUAUGGUCAUGUAAGUCUGAUAUUUUAAUAUUUAUUUUCCAUUGCUGGUUUAACAUUUUUAUGUGGGUUUUAUACAUUCAACAAGGAAAAAGGCAUACAAAAUGGGCAAUGGUUGUAGGCCCAUUGCCAAGACUGGUGCUAGCAUUUCACUUGCUCUGAACCAAACUGCUGAAGCCAGGAUCCUCAAACAUUUAUUUUUUUAUUUUGUACAUUUGUUGACUGGGUAAGUGCACUGGACAGAAGUGCCCCUCUUCAGGAGUGAUCCCCCGGGGCACUCUGGUUUAGUGACUUGUUCAGAAUAAUACAGUAGGCAAAUGGAGGCAGAAGAAAUGAAACCAUGUAGUGUGGGCCACAGGAAGCAUCUUAUCAAGAGCUCAGAGCCUUCCUGUGCUAACUGCCAGGCAGACUAAUAAUUUACUGUACUGUAUUGUCCCUGUUAAAGGGCUGUUCUACUGUUUUUCUAGACUUGGGUUAAAUUACAUACUCUAAUUUCAGCUGCCAUCCAUGUUCCUUCCUUUUUGUCAUGUCUCUUCAACUUCAUUCAUCCUACUCAUCCUUAUAUGAUAUUCUGGAUCUGGACUGUAUCCCUUGUUUUUUCUGUCUUCUAAAAUCUAAAUAUAUGCCCAGCUUUCUAACAAAUUGUUGAUACAUCAACACUUCCAAACCUUCACAAUUUUAGUGAUUGCAAGUUCAAGUCUGCAGUGAAUAGGUGACUUUAGAAUUUCUAGGAACCGGUCCUCACACUGUGUAGUCCAUCAUCUUAACAGACUUCAUGUUACAUAAACUAAUACUAUAUUUUAAUUUUUAGUCAAUUUAAAACAAUUUAUGUACAUGUUUUACUGAGUAUUCUUUAACAUUUUAGGCUGGUUGAGGGGCUUCAUUUGAAUGACUUGUAGGUGGGUACUUUGGUGUCAUCCCUUGAAGACGAAGGGUAAAACAGGACUCAUUUUAUUGUAGACUUUGAGGAUAAAGCAAUCUGAUAAAUAUACACCAUAUGCAGUCUCAGGAGCGUCAGAGUUCUGACUUCAUAGUUCCGUUACAUUGUAUAUCUGCUACCCUUCUAAGUUAUUCCUUCAAAUUUCAUUUUGCCUUUUUAAUGUAGUGCCUUUUGGAAAAAAAAUGAUAUGUGUGUGUGUGUGUGUGUACAUACAUACACAUAUAUUGUAUGUAUGCCUUUGAUGAGCCAUGGUUAACUUAAGGUUUUGAAAAUAAAAUGGGAUGUACAGACCUUACUGUGUAUUGGCUGUACUCUUACAAUGUUAUUGUAAAUAAUCCUCCCCCUUUGACAUAACCCUCCCAAAAUGCUAAUAUUUAUUAUUGCUGCCAUUCUAAUGAGGUGGCAGUUUUUAUAACUUUCUGGCUUCAUUUAAAUCUUAGAAAGUAAAUCUUGUCCCAUAAGAAUGUUUUGGGACUAUUUUUUUCUUUUUUGCAUAACCAGGGCAUUCCAGUCAAGUUAAUUUAACAUAAAAAUGCAUAGUUUGACUUUUUAUGUAAACUGGUUCCAGCACUACUGUGCAUCGCUUAAAAAAGUUUUUGCAUUCUUUACUCAGUGGACCUGUGAUGAUCUAUAGGUUUAUUCAAAGGAAUCUGAUGAAGCAGGUUGAAAGAUCAUUAGAUAUGAAAUAAAACAAAGCUGGCAUGGAAAUCAAAACACCUGUACUUGUCCAGGCACACAAUUAAUAUUUAUAUAAAUCCGAGGCUGUAUAAAAUGCAGUCCUUAGAAUAUACUUAUGUUUGUUGUUAAAUGUGUAUAGUAUGUACACACGUUUAGAUAGCCUGGUGUUUUGUGGACCUCAAAAAUCAUUUUCUUGACACCAGUAUAUUGGUGGACAAAUAUUUUGCUGUGUUAAUCAACUACUACCUUUAAGAGAUAGAUUAUCAUAUUUACUGGUAAAAUCGGUGGUGGUGCUGCGGUAGCGUUGUUGCCUCACAGUAAGACGCUGUCCGGUUCGAUUCUCAACUAGAGCGUCUUCUGCGUGGAGACAUGCGUGAAUGGGCAUACCUUCGUUGAAG